AUUCCAUUAAGACUGACCGCCGACCAACGGAUUCCCACACGUGGAGACUCAAGUACAUCUGCAGGCAAUGAUCAGACAUUAAAUCAGAGGUCACCGCGAAGGGCCUGCGGCAGCGAGUGAGCUCCACACUCUGAAAGGGAACUCCAGCGAGAUCUGGCGGUCCACUACAGGUCAGGAACCGAUCCAACAGGACCAGAGAGGAUUCCGGGGCUUUACUAAUGUCAAGCAAGGUGGAAAGCCUACAGUCACACACCCAGGGGUUAUCCUGAAGACCUGUGAGAGGAAUGAAAUGGAUGAAGGGUGACGUGAUGACACAUUGAGUCUUCACAGAACCACUGAGCGCUGGCUUUGAGUGGCGUCACUGAGCGGCCAGAGAGCAGUCAGAUCAUUGGGAAGGGUGCUUAGCCUGUUGCUCGAGAGGUCCAGAUAAGUCACAUUGCCAAGGUAACGCGCAGCCAGGGGUGGGAUUCGUGCCAGGCGGUUAUUGUGAAGUCCAAGUGUUCGGAGGUGGGGCACGUCUCUGAGUCCCUCCCAGGGGAAAGUGGACAAAAGGUUCCCGUCCAAUCGUAACUCAUGAAGGGAAGACAGGUGGUGUUGGAGUCCCUCCCUCUGAGUCUGAUCUCGGAUGACUGCAGCGGUAGAGACAGCAGCAGCUCUCGCUCUCUCUCUCUCCUCUGACCGACAGCAGUAGAAGCAUGGCGACGGUGGACACACGGGAGUGCGAGACGGAAGGCUGCUCCAGCGAAGCUAAGCUCCAGUGUCCCACCUGCAUCAAACUCGGAAUUCAAGGCUCAUACUUUUGCUCUCAGGAAUGUUUCAAAGGCAGCUGGGCCACCCACAAACUGCUCCACAAAAAAGCAAAGGAGGACAAAGUAAACGAUGAGGGAAAGAACUGUGUGGAGAAAGAAAUCAACACAGACCCGUGGCCUGGGUACAGAUACACUGGUAAACUACGACCCCACUAUCCACUGACACCCAUGCGACUUGUUCCUAGCAACAUCCAGAGACCAGACUAUGCAGAUCAUCCUUUGGCUGCAGAGGUUGGGUUGUUGGCAGGAAUGUCAGAGUCAGAGCAGACCAUGAAAGGGACGUCUCAGAUUAAGAUCCUCAACGCUGAAGAGAUUGAGGGCAUGAGAGUUGUCUGCAAGCUGGCUCGAGAAGUACUUGACAUUGCUGCCAUGAUGGUGAAACCUGGAAUGACAACGGAGGAGAUCGACCAUGCGGUGCAUUUGGCGUGUAUAGCGAGGAACUGCUACCCCUCUCCUCUGAACUACUAUAACUUUCCCAAGUCCUGCUGCACCUCGGUCAAUGAAGUCAUCUGUCAUGGGAUACCUGACCGCCGUCUCCUUCAAGACGGGGACAUACUGAACAUCGAUAUAACGGUUUACCACAAUGGUUACCAUGGAGAUCUGAAUGAAACUUUUUUUGUGGGUGAAGUAGAUGAGGGAGCCAAGAAAUUGGUUCAGACCACUUAUGAAUGUCUUAUGCAAGCCAUCGACUCUGUAAAGCCUGGUAUUCGGUAUCGGGAGCUAGGGAACAUCAUUCAGAAGCAUGCCCAGGCCAAUGGUUUCUCUGUGGUACGGAGCUACUGUGGUCACGGCAUUCACAAACUAUUCCACACGGCACCAAACGUACCGCACUAUGCCAAGAAUAAAGCAGUUGGAGUGAUGAAGCCUGGACAUGUGUUUACUAUUGAGCCCAUGAUCUGCGAAGGUGGUUGGCAAGAUGAGACGUGGCCAGAUGGUUGGACUGCAGUCACUCGUGACGGCAAACGCUCGGCCCAGUUUGAGCACACGCUCCUUGUGACGGAGACUGGCUGUGAGAUCCUCACACGUCGCCUUGAGGAUAAUGGCCGUGCUCACUUCCUGUCCCAAAUGUAGGAUGGUGGGGUUACAUCAGCCCUGUUGUGCAGUGAAGGAUACAGCAGCUCUGCCCCAUAUCACCAAUCAGCCAAUCACAUUGUGGUUCUCUGUUGGGCAGGAGAUGAUUGGCCAAGUGGCCAUAUCAGUGGAUUUGGGCAGGAGAUGGAGAUUUGGUAACUUUUGAAUGUGUGUCACCUGGCAGUCACAUUAAUCAGCUUGGAUCUGAGCAAAUUCAAAGGCACUGGCCUUUAGCCUGGUUUCAGUGCCACCAUACUCUGUCUACAAGGCAGAGGAAUCUGCGUGAGUGGUUUUGCGUGUACGCAUCUGUGUGUUUAUGAGAGUGUGUUGGCUGUUUGAGGUUUGCUGUCUCAGUCUGCUUCAGUGUGUUUGUAUGCCUUGGCUCGUUGCAGUGUACCGGGUCUGUUUUGUAAGCCAUCGUUGAGGUUUGAGAUGCAACGAGUGUAUGUGAUUAAACCCUGUUGAGUCUCUCCAAACCUUAUCAAAUCAAGAUUGAUAUGGAAACUCUUUACAGCUGAAAGAGUGCCUCGUAAUGAUAUUGAACAUUUACACAAAUGUUUUUCAUGAACUUCCACCAGUGUAGUUAAAUCAAUCCAAUUUGAGUGAAAAUGUCACCAAGGGAAACAUUAGGUUAGGUACAAUGGUGUAAUAUUUUGUGAUGGGGAGAGGAUGGCCUUUCUGAAUGUCCUCUCACUGCAUUCAUCCUCCUUAGUCAGUUACAAGAUGAUUUUUGUUUGUCUUUGGUUGUUUAAUGCCACUUGAAGAGCAAUGCGAAAGUCAAAAAGUCAACAGUUGCAGGCCUCUUUGUCAGUUUGAUGCAUCUCAUGGAAUCAAUUACAGUGUUUCAGUAUUCAAGCUGAAUUAAAGUAUAUUUUCUCCUUUAUUUGGACUUGUUAGUUUUUUUAAUGUACAACAAAUGCCAAACUUCAAGCAGUCACAACAGAAUGCAAUUUCAGCAAUGACUUAUGAAAGCAGGUGAAAAGAUAAUUCAAGAAGUUCCUCUGUAUUGAAUUGUUGUUGCUUUUGGUGAAACAAUUAAAUUUUGUGCCAUGCAGAACUGGA